AUGGAUAAAAAUGGGAAGAUUUUAAUCAAAAAAAAAAAUAAACUCAACUUGUAUAUAAAUAAAUUCUCAUCUAUAGGCACGCAUUUAUAAUAAUGUACUUUAAUAUCAGAAUAUAAAGUUCCUUGUCCAAGAGAUGAUCUAGAAUCUUUGUUCUAUAUUUUAUUACACAUCAUUACAUUAGGUAAAUUUUUACCUUCUUAACCUAAUGUGAAACGUUCAGAAAAACUUAAAUAUUAUUAUGAGAUUAAAUAAAGAUUUGUUCCUGAAAGAGAACUAAAAGGGUUUCCUGAAUAAUUUCUAUAAUUAUACCAUGCAAUUAGAUUACUAUCACCUCAUGAAUUUCCAAAUUAUGAUAUAUUGAAAUAACCAUUUUUUUAAUUAUUAGGCCAAAAUGACCUAUAAUUAUAAUUUGAUUGGAUUCAUUUACUAAAACCUAAAAAUAAAAAUAGUACAUCUCCAAGUCCUGUAAGAAUUAGUAAAUUAAAACAUGCUGGAAGUGUUGGUGAUAUGGCAUUUAUUUAAUAAAUAAAAAAGGAAGAUUCAAUUUCAGAUAUUAUGUCUCCUGGAAGAUAAGGAAAACCAACAAUGAAACAUUUUGCAUAUCCAACAAGCAGAAAUACUACAACAUAAUAAUUACCUGCAAUAUAUGAAGGAAAAGAGGGAACUUAACAUUCUAUUUAAUAAAAAAAUGAAUUUUAGAAGAAAUAAGGAGGACUUUCUAUUGUCAUUUUUAAGUAAUAAGAUACAAGCUCAUCAUCUUCAGGUAAUGUGAGUUCAAUGAGUGAUGACAAAUCAGAAGUUGACAUAAAACCAUUAAAUGGAAUAAUAGGUAAACUAGAUAAUGAUUGA